AAGCCAAGCUGCUGGUUCGCUUCCUGCAUUUCGCUUCGCUUGCCGCCUUUGAGGAACAGCUAGCGCAUUCGCACUUCAACUGACGAGCCAAGUGCGGUUUCCAGCACACCGGAGACACGAAAAUGGACGCCUUCGGCGGCUACUUCAUGGACGAGAAGGCAGUGCAAGUGGAGAACAUUUUUCUGGAGUUCCUCAAGAGCUUCAGAGGGGACAAUAACAACAACAAUGGGGGCGAGCCAUUCUACGAGGCUGAGAUCGAGGCAAUGAGGGCCAACGAAUCGACGACGAUGUUCAUCGAUUUCUCCCACGUCAUGCGCUACAACGACUUGCUGCAGAAGGCCAUAGCUGACGAGUACUUGAGAUUUGAGCCGUACUUGAAGAAUGCUUGCAAGAGAUUCGUGACUGAACUAAAGCCCUCGUUUAUUGCGGACGACAACCCUAACAAGGAUAUCAAUGUUGCCUUCUUCAACAUUCCUUUCUCCAAGCGGGAGCUGACCACUGCUGAAAUUGGCAAGCUGGUAUCAGUGACUGGAGUGGUAACUCGUACUAGUGAGGUGAGGCCAGAACUUCUCCAGGGGACUUUCAAGUGCUUGGAGUGUGGUUCAGUCAUAAAAAAUGUUGACCAGCAAUUCAAAUACACCGAGCCAAUCAUUUGCGUGAAUGCAACUUGCAGUAAUAGAAUGAGAUGGGCAUUGCUUAGAACGGAGAGCAAAUUCGCUGAUUGGCAGAGGGUAAGAGUGCAAGAAACUUCCAAUGAAAUUCCGGCUGGCUCACUUCCCAGGUCUCUGGAUGUUGUCCUUCGCCAUGAUAUUGUUGAACAGGCUAGGGCUGGUGAUACGGUAGUUUUCACAGGCACUGUGGUGGUAAUACCAGAUAUUAUGGCCUUGGCUUCACCUGGGGAAAGAGCUGAAACCCGCCGUGAAGCUCCUCAACGCAAGAAUUCUGGUGUUGGAAAUGAAGGUGUGAAGGGUUUACGAGCAUUAGGAGUUAGAGACUUAUCGUACCGUCUAGCCUUCAUCGCCAAUUCGGUUCAGGUUUCUGAUGGCAGAAGGGAUGUUGACAUCAGGAAUCGAAAGAAAGAUGCUGAUGAAGAGGAUUACCAGCAGUUCACUUCAGAAGAGAUGGAUGAAAUCCAAAGAAUGCGGAACGUGCCUGAUUUUUUCAAUAAGCUAGUCGAUAGUGUUGCUCCAACUGUUUUUGGUCAUCAAGAUAUCAAGAGAGCAAUUCUGAUUAUGCUUUUGGGUGGUGUUCACAAGCUUACCCAUGAGGGUAUCAACCUUAGAGGGGAUAUUAAUGUCUGUAUCGUUGGAGAUCCCAGCUGUGCUAAGUCUCAGUUCCUCAAGUAUACAGCAGGUAUAGUUCCGAGAUCUGUUUAUACAUCUGGAAAGUCAUCUUCUGCUGCUGGGCUGACAGCAACUGUUGCUAAAGAACCAGAGACCGGCGAAUUUUGUAUUGAGGCUGGAGCGCUGAUGCUUGCUGAUAAUGGAAUAUGUUGCAUUGACGAAUUUGACAAAAUGGACGUUAGAGAUCAGGUUGCAAUUCAUGAAGCAAUGGAACAACAGACAAUAAGCAUCACUAAAGCAGGGAUACAGGCAACACUUAAUGCCAGAACGUCAAUUUUAGCUGCAGCCAAUCCCACUGGGGGCCGAUAUGACAAGUCCAAACCACUUAAGUACAAUGUCGCCCUCCCGCCUCCAAUUCUGUCAAGAUUCGAUCUUGUUUAUGUAAUGAUUGAUGACCCGGAUGAUCAAACUGACUAUCAUAUUGCUCACCACAUUGUGAGAGUUCAUCAAAAGCGUGAAGAAGCCCUUGCCCCUACAUUCACUACUGCACAGUUAAAGCGUUACAUUGCUUAUGCAAAAACAUUGAGACCAAAGUUGAAUGCAGAGGCGAGAGCUCUCUUGGUGGAAUCUUAUGUUGCUCUCCGGAGAGGUGACACUACUCCUGGGAGUAGAGUUGCUUAUCGCAUGACCGUUAGGCAGCUGGAAGCAUUGAUCAGACUGUCCGAGGCCAUAGCUCGAAGUCAUUUGGACACACAGGUGCAACCACGCCAUGUUCGUGUAGCAGUCAGAUUGCUGAAAACCUCGAUUAUCAGCGUGGAGUCAAGUGAGAUAGAUCUGUCAGAGUUUCAAGAAGCGAGUAAUGAAUAUGGUGAUGAAGACGGGAACCGUGAAGCUGGAGCAGAUGAUGCUCAACCUAGCAAUGUUGAAAAUAACUUGUGGCGUUCUGCAGAAAACGGAGCAGCAGGGUCAGCUGCCCAACAAGGAAAGAAACUUGUACUUACUGAAGAGUACUUCCAGAGGGUCACACAAGCACUUGUAAUGCGGCUUAGACAGCAUGAAGAUGCUGCACAGCGAGAUGGGACAGGACUGGCUGGAAUGAAGCAAGGGGACUUGAUCAGAUGGUACGUGGAACAGCAGAAUGAGAAGAACACCUACAGUUCGGUAGAGGAAGCUAAGGAAGAAGCAUUUAAAGUGAAAGCCAUCAUAGAGAGUCUGAUCAGGAGAGAAGGCUACCUGAUCGUGAUAGAUGAUGGGGCACAAGCAGAUGCUGGCGAAGGGGACGGUGGAAGACAGUCAUCGUCUAGGAACAACAGGAUCUUGGCCGUGGCUCCUAACUACAUUGUGGAAUGAAGCAGAAGCAGGAUAUCGAAACACAAUGAACAGCCAUUUCCUUCACUCUAUUCCCGGUGCAAAAUGUAGGUGUUGCGAGUUUGACAAACAACCCCGCCCUCUACUGGAGCCUUUAAUUUGAAAUGUCGCCUGCCAGGUCUAAGCUUCUUCUUUUCAUUUACCCCUAUGGUCGAUGUGGUCCGCGAGAGGACGCAAUUUCAUGUAUAAUUUGUCAUUUGUAGUAGUGUUAAGAAACAAAAUUGAAUGGCACCAAGUGGGAUGACUUAACUGAUUCUUGGUUAGGGUGUGGCACAG